GCGCGCUGAGCUCCUUGUAGAGCGUGUGCAUGUGAGCGCUCGAGCUGUGCGGCAGUGUGCCUUUAAUACGCAAGCGCGGCGGAAGAGCGACAUGGCAGACCAGGCAUUUGUCACCUUGGCCACGAACAAUAAAUAUGCUAAAGGAGCAAUGGUGCUGGGGAAGUCCCUGAGGAACCAUAAGACCUCCAAGAAGCUGGUGGUGCUCAUCGGACCCCAUGUGUCAGAACAGUCCAGAGAAGUGCUUCAGACGCUCUACGAUGAGGUCAAGCUGGUGGAUGUGUUGGACUCUGGGGACACGGCACACUUGGCCUUGAUGCAGAGACCAGACCUGGGUGUGACCCUCACUAAACUCCACUGCUGGACUCUUAAACACUACUCUAAAUGUGUGUUUAUGGAUGCAGACACGAUGGUGUUAGCGAAUAUAGAUGAGUUGUUUGACAGAGAAGAGUUCUCAGCAGCUCCAGAUCCCGGAUGGCCCGAUUGCUUCAACUCCGGGGUGUUCGUCUUCCAGCCUUCCAACGAGACCUACGGCAAACUUCUUGAGUACUGUACAGAGCACGGCAGCUUUGACGGUGGGGAUCAGGGAGUACUCAAUGGUUACUUCAGUGACUGGGCCACAGCGGAUAUCAGAAAACACCUCCCGUUUAUCUACAAUAUGAGCAGCAUAGCAAUCUACACUUACCUUCCUGCCUUUAAACAGUAUGGUGCGAACGCCAAGGUGGUGCACUUUCUUGGAAAGACGAAGCCAUGGAGCUACACCUUCGACCCGAAUCAGAGGAAAGUGCAGGGGAAUGUACAGGAAGCUUCAUCACACCCUGGCUAUCUCCUGGAGUGGUGGAGACUUUACAGCAGCUGUGUGCCUUCCAUAAAGCAGCAAGAACACACUGACCAGCCUUUUGAAGUUACUGUUCAGGAGGAGCUUCAGCCUCCGGUCCUGCCAGGCCCGCCGCCUCUGUCCUCAGCCGAGCGUAAACAGCGAUGGGAACAGGGCCAAGCAGACUACAUGGGAAUGGACGCUUUUGACAACAUUGAGAAGAAGCUUGCUGCUUUCCUGAAAUAAGGAAGGAGAGAAUGGAGCAACGUUGUAAAAGGGCUCCUUUGCAGUUUUAGAGUGAUGGUUUGAAACAGAAGUGUAGAUCCUAUGGCUGCAGUGCCAUCCUGACUGGGUUUUCCUUCAGCUAUGCAGAACAGUCACUGCAGCGUGCCAACCUCACAACUGAGUUUCUUUCUUAACUUUUGUACACUGUGAAACUGGUAUUCAUGUUGACUCCGUGCUCUUCACAAAAAACCCAGAUACCUUUUUCUUUAUAUUCCAGAUAGUCAUGUUUUAUAAAUCGAGCUGAAUUCCACUGUUUUACACAGAGGAGGCGAGACUUUAAUAGCAGAGAUUUCUGAGAUGGCGUUAUUCUCGCAUACAAGUGAAGUCUUCAAGUCUGACGCUGGUCACAUGACUUGCUCUAGUCAUCGCUUAGGAAUGUCUGUUCACUUUUUAUUUAAAGCACUUGAACUUAGGAUUUUUUUUGUUGUUGCUGCCUUGGUUUCACCCAGAGUUUUCAUGCACUGAAGUCUAUAUUUCUGCGCCUUAUGAAUGUCUGCAUUAGUCCAUGUCCAUGUGAGGUGAAGGCUCUUCACCUCAUCCAAUGCUGCGGUCUUCUCUCAUUGCAAAUGUCUUACAUUUUUCAUCUGCACAAUAAACAUUGGUGAUUGUUAAA